AUGGAUGGCAGGACAAGGCGACGGGGUGGUGGAGGCAGUAAGCCAGCGGCAGGGAAGGGGAGGCGUGGGGAUGGGGAAAGUCCGGAGGGGCAUUUGGAUGAGACGAGGGGGGAGCUUCUGACUGACAGCAACGGACUGACGUGGCGACCUCUGAUUUGCCUGGCUGAGCACGGAGACGGAGGCGUGCAGGGCCUGGCAUGGUACACUACUUCUCUUCACCAAGACACAGACGGUGACGUGGCGAACGACUUUUUCAUUGAGGUGCUUCCAGCAGGGUUUCAUGCUGCUGAAUGUGCACCCUUUCCUUUCCCUGUUCCUGGUGCUGCCUUUGGCAUCUAG